AUGGCUUUUCAAGGUGGGGAACCCCCUGAAGGGAGGCAUAGCUCGGAGAGCUCUGGGAACAACAGUGGGUUAUCGCAAGAAACCGUCAGGGAUGGUCGCCGGUAUGGCCGCAUUGUGACUAGCGCUCGAAGCAUCUCCCCGCAUUCUAAAGAUGAUGAUAACGAUAGGCUCGAACUCCCAAAUCCGCGACCUCCCUCCCUGGGGGCCCCGAACGACCUAUACACGUCCAUGUUCUCCUGGGGGUCACCUGAUGUUUCUCCGACGGACCUGCGCAAGCAUCAAGGAUUCGGCGGUCACCGGAAAGCCUUGGCUGUCCUUGGGAACGAUGACCCGGGCCCUCCACCGAUCAACAAUCCCAGUCCGCAUCUGAACACUAAUUUCGGCGAUUAUUUCCAGCAUGAUCCGCAGGCGACUCUUUCAUACUCCCCUAGAUUGGGGUCCGCGGAUGCCCACGGCACCUUUUUCCAUGAUUUCUCCGAACAAGAAGCCUCUCCAGCCACUGCUACUUUCCGCCCUGGGACAGGACGUACGUUCGCCGGCGACACUCCGGACUUGGAUUAUAAUGGGGACGACCGGCGACCAUCUGUUGCAAGUGCUACGACAGUGAGUAGUCAGGGGUCAAAAUCCAGUGCAGGCGGGCUUUUCCGGAAGAAAUUACAAGGCUUUUUUGGUGACGAUCCAAAUGCCGGUGAUUCAAGGCAUGACGACGGUCACCACAAUUCAGGAGCCAAGCCGUCAUCGAUUGAUUAUAUCAAAGCUCGCCAAAGAGCUGACUCCGAGGGUUCAAGACGCCCAACUGAUGGGGCUCACGAUGACGCCCAACAACCUGGCCGACCCCGAACUCCGCUUCCUUCGAGCGAGAUAACCCCAUGGGAGUACCAGAAAUAUAAUGAUAUUCCGCAGCUGGGGGAAGCUCCCGUUCAUGAAGCUCCUAUAGCGCUAGAUCGCCAUCGAUUUGGCUCACAGGGUGCAUCUAAUGCAUCGAGGGAUCCAUCUCGCAGACAUUUCAGCGGUCAUCGACAUUCUCGGAGCAAGGAAGAGAAGACAAACGCUGCUGGUGACCUCGCUGGAUAUCCUGAUCGGCCCUCGACAGGUCGUGAUGACUUCUCCGUUGGCCUACGCCCCUCCAGGGAAGGCAGCCUAGGCUAUCGGCCCGCCGCUACCUCAGCUACCAAUCUUGCUGGGCGCUCUGCUAGCCCCACCCCAAGUCUACAAAGCGUUUACAGUAAGGACCCAGGUCAAGGCUCUCCAGGGGCGCCGUCAUCGAAGCGAUCGUUCUUGGGGAAACUCCGCCGGCCCAACCUUAAGCAUUUCCCAGGGUCGAAAGGGCCGACAGAUGCCAUUAGAGGCACGUCAAAGCUUGCGCGACGAGAUGCCUCUCCUGGGCGAAGAGGGCGACAAGGUAGUUUGGAGGGUGGAUCAUCUCUCAAAAUCGCCGAAAAUGGAGAUUAUGAACGAAGAAAAGACGGCAAAGGCCUAGGUAUUGCGACUGGUAAACUGCGAGGUCGCCGCGGGCACGAAACUCCAGCUGGAAAGGAGACGAACGCCCCGGAAGCGCCCGGUGUUUGGGCUCUGGACACGGAUCUUACACAUAUGGAAGGCAUUGUCCAGCCGACUUCGAACGACGCAAAUAGGGUACAUGAAGGCAAUGCAGUACGCCCAGAUGAAAAACGGAUGGCAGACCAGCUUGGUGCCGGCAAUUGGGAUGCGCCCGAGAGCUGGCAUGUCAAGCGGCAAAAGGACGAGAUUUCGGCCAAGGUUCCCAAGGUGACCAGCGAUGAUGCCAAAACUAUAUCCGAACCUGAUGGUGCCCCAUACUUUAUUCGCGUGUUUCGUAUUGAUGGAACGUUUGCCACACUUUCGAAUGGGUUACAAGCUACCGUCGCCGAUGUUCUUCUGUCGCUGGGAAAGAAGUCUUUUCUGACUGACCAUCUGAACAACUAUGAGAUAGUUGUGCGGAAAAAUGAUACCUCUCGACAAUUGGAUCCCAAUGAACAGCCAAUCCUCAUGCAGAAGCGAUUGCUCGAACAAAUCGGGUAUACCGAGAAAGAUAGGAUAGAAGAGCUCGGCCGAGAGGACCACAGUUACAUUCUCCGCUUUACUUUCUUGCCGACAAAACUCAGCGGUUAUAGCAGUCUGGAAGGCGAGCCCGGCUUUAGCAAAACUCAAAAGUUCAGCCACGUGGAUCUUCAAGGACGGAGUCUCGUCACAAUUCCCAUCGCUCUAUACAAGAAAGCCUCCGAGAUCAUAUCACUUAAUCUCUCCAGAAACUUGGAGCUUGAUGUGCCCAAAGACUUCAUCCAGGGCUGCAUAAAUCUGCGCGAAAUAAAGUAUAUUGGGAGCGAGGCUUUGCGUCUACCCCCCAGUUUCAGUCUUGCAAGCCGCUUGACGUAUCUCGAUGUCUCGAAUAAUUUCCUGGAUCAGCUCGAUCAUGCGAACCUCGACAGAUUACAAGGUCUUGUCAGUAUCAAACUGGCCAACAACCGACUGACGGAGCUCCCGGACUAUUUCGGAAACUUCAAGUCCCUGAGAAGCUUGAAUAUUUCUUCGAACAACUUCCAAGUGUUCCCCGCAUUCCUUUGCAACCUGAAGAGUUUGGUUGAUCUCGAUAUCAGUUUCAAUAGCAUCUCCGAGCUCCCCAAUAUCGGCAACUUGACCAGUCUCGAGCGUCUCUGGAUGACAAACAACGGGUUCAGAGGCCCUUUUGGCGAAUCAAUCCAAGAACUUGUGAACUUGAAAGAGAUAGAUGCCCGGUUCAAUGAGAUCGCGAACAUAGAUAGCUUGUCACUUCUUCCCCGCUUGGAGCAAUUGUUGAUAGGUCACAAUUCGGUCUCCAAGUUCAAAGGGUCGUUUCCCAAGCUGCGGAAUUGGGUGUUGGAUCAUUGCCCUAUAACGCAGUUCGACAUCGAUGCGCCUAUGCCGACCUUGACAUCGCUCAACAUAGCUUCGGCAAAACUAGUCCAAUUCCGGGACACACUGUUUGAAGCUUUGCCUAACCUGACGAAGCUCAUCUUGGAUAAGAACCAUUUCAUGUCCAUGUCGCCUCACAUUGGAAAGCUGCGGAAACUCGAGUAUUUCAGCAUGGCCAAGAACCCCCUCUCAACCCUUCCUUCAAGCAUCGGAUGCUUGACCGAGCUCAAGUACCUCAAUCUGAGAGAGUGUAAUCUGCGAAGGUUACCUCAAGAGAUCUGGUAUUGCUUGAAGUUGGAGACCCUCAAUGUCUCAUCGAACGUGCUCGAUAGCUUCCCCAAACAUGGUGGCCCCGCACCACAACUUCCGGGCGAGGCCACUGCUACCCCUAAUCCUGCGUUAACCCCAGGGGGUUCGACCACGCCGAGCUUUGAUGACCUUGGCACCGUGGAAGAGCAGGAAACUCGCCGCCCCAGCCAGACGUCCACCAACAUUCCCAACAGUGGCAGUUCUCCUAGCGGCGGGAGCCAUCGAAAACCGUCUGUUGCAUCUUCUCUUAGCCAAGGGGGAAGGAAGGUCUCAACGGCUUCGAAAUUGACAGAAGGGAGCCCAUCAUCUAGGAAGGAUUCCAACUUCUCUCAGCAUGUGGCCACGACAUUUGGUGGCUCUCUACGGAACCUGUACCUGGCCGAUAAUCGUCUUGAAGACGAUGUGUUCCGUGAACUUUCAUUCAUCCCCGAAUUGCGGAUAGUCAAUCUAUCGUACAACGUGCUGAAUGAAAUCCCUCCUGGGCUUCUCAAGCGCUGGCCUCUGCUUGUGGAGCUAUACCUAUCGGGCAAUGAACUCACAUCCCUCCCCUCAGAUGACCUUGAAGAGGGGAGUAGCCUGAAGAUUCUCAACCUAAAUGCGAAUCGAUUCCAAGUUCUUCCGGCGGAGUUAUGCAAAGUGAGCAAGCUUUCUAUCCUCGAUGUUGGAAGCAAUUACUUGAAAUACAACGUUUCGAAUUGGCCUUACGACUGGAACUGGAACUGGAACCGGAACCUGAAGUAUCUUAACUUCUCUGGAAACAAACGAUUGGAGAUUAAGCCAAACGUCUCGUCACUGGGAUCCCAACCGCCGAGCGGGACAGAUUUGACCGAUUUUAACUCACUUACCCACCUUCGAGUACUUGGAUUGAUGGACGUUACGCUCACCACAUCCACUAUUCCAGAAGAGAAUGAAGACCGUCGUGUGAGAACAUCUGCUUCUUUGGCUGGCUCCCUUGCCUAUGGUAUGGCAGACUUUCUGGGCCGAAGCGAACAUCUUUCUAUUAUAGACAUGAUCGUGCCUCGGAUGAGGCAGGAUAACGUGGAAACCGUUGUCGGAAUGUUCGAUGGGCAGCCUAGCUCUACUGGGGGCUCUAGGGUUGCCAAGUUCCUGCAUGAGAAUUUCCUGCACACUUUCUCUGCUGAGCUGAAGCGCCUCCGGCGGGACGAGGAUGAGACACCACUGGAUGCCUUCAGGAGGACAUUCCUGACCCUCAACAGGAAUAUGGCAUUUGCUUGCUACAAGUCCAUGGAUCAAGACGUUAGACAGUAUCAAGAGGACUCGUCAUCCGAUCAGAAGAGGGUCCGUCUGAACAAGGAGGACCUAUUAUCUGGUGGCGUCGCGACUGUCCUGUACCUGAACAACAUGGAGCUAUAUGCGGCCAACAUUGGUGACGCUCAGGCUAUACUUGUCAGGUCGGAUGGCACCAUGAGGUAUUUGACGCAAAAUCAUGAUCCAGCCGAAGCAGGAGAAAGGGCGAGGAUUCGAGCAGCGGGCGGUUUCGUCUCCCGUAACGGGAGACUGAAUGACUAUCUCCCUGUCUCUCGGUCAUUUGGAUACUUCAAUCUCAUGCCCGCGGUGAUCGCAGCACCACAUACCGUGCAUGUCAGCUUGACCGAGCAGGAUGAAAUGGUCAUUUUGGCCUCAAAAGAGCUCUGGGACUACGUUACUCCAGACCUUGUUGUUGAUGUUACAAGAGCCGAGCGAAGAGAUCUGAUGGUUGCCGCUCAAAAGAUAAGAGAUUUGGCACUGUCAUUUGGGGCUACCAAUAAGCUCAUGGUUAUGAUUCUUGGAGUUGGGGACCUGAGGAAACGCGAGAGACGUCCACCACGCUUCCCUAGUCUGAACAGCUUCAGUCAGGUCGACGACUCGAUCCUGCCUAGUCCUAAGCGCACUAAAAAGCCGCGCGAUAUGCCCGGAGAUUCUAGAUUGGCUCGCUUUGACUAUGUUGACGCCCCGACUGGAGAAUUAGCUAUAAUCUUCACGGAUAUCAAGCAGUCUACGGGUCUUUGGGAGACAUGCCCCGACGCGAUGCGCUCGGCUAUCCAAAUCCACAAUGAUAUCCUCCGUCGUCAGUUGGGAAUCAUUGGUGGUUAUGAAGUCAAGACUGAGGGUGACGCUUUUAUGGUCGCGUUUUCGACAACCACGGCUGCUCUGCUCUGGUGUUUUAACUGUCAAUACCAACUCCUUGAAGCUGAAUGGCCGACGGAGAUCCUUGACCAGCCCCAAUGCCAAGUCCAGUACGAUAUGGAAAAUAACAUAAUCUUCCGUGGUCUGUCAGUUCGAAUGGGAAUCCAUUGGGGGGAGCCUGUCUGCGAAAAAGAUCCUGUUACCAAUCGAAUGGACUACUUCGGACCAAUGGUGAACCGCGCAUCUCGAAUCUCAGCAGUUGCUGAUGGAGGGCAAAUCUUUGUUUCGUCGGAUUUCAUGAGCGACAUGCAACGUAACCUUGAGCUCUUUGCUGACAGUGAGCGCGCCGCCUCUACUGGUUCGGAAGAAAGCUAUGCAUUCGACUUGGGGGACAACAUUCGGCGCGAACUCCAACAGCUCAAUAGCCAGGGAUUUGUGAUUAAAGAUCAGGGUGAGCGGAAGUUAAAGGGUCUUGAGAAUCCGGAACCCCUGUACCUGAUAUACCCGCAUGCCUUAUCCGGGCGUUUGUCAACCCUGGAUCAAAUGUCGACCGGAGACGAAAACGCCCCUACCACAAUCAGUGAACACUCGCAACUCCAGAUCCAAACAGACCUUAUCUGGCGAUUAUGGGAAGUUACGCUUCGACUGGAAAGGCUCUGUGGAGCCCUUGAGCACCCAGGCGACCCAAGGCUUAUGGAACCAAACUCGGCACUGUUCAAUAUUAUUAAGAAGCACGGCGGGGAGCUGGCAGAUUCGAGCGUCGUCAGCUUGAUCGAGCAGCAGGUCACGCGCAUUGAGGUUACAAUAAGCACCUUGACCCUGCGACACAUGAUGCGUCCUUUCAGGCGAGGCGACAGCCUCAACAACCACGCCGCGCCAAUCGGAGACGUCCUGCAAGAGCUACAAACCCAGCUUGCCGAGUACAAAGCUCUCAAGGAGCAGGUCGCCGCCAGUGGUGCGGGCAUCACUGGCGCCUCCCCGAGCUCCACGGCAACAGACCUCCACUACACCCCUGAUUUCAACUCGAGCGCCUCCUCUUCAUCUUUCACCUAG